AGUUUGAUAUAUAUAAAUAUGAGAACAUGAAUAAAAUCAUAUCACUGUAUUAUUUACAACAGUGGUUCUCAACUCCAGUCCUCGCCCCCUUGUUUUUUUAGUAUCACCUGUGUUUAUGCUCCACACAGUUGGUGGCGGUAAUAUGUGAGUUUUGUUUUUGCGAUCCAUCAGAAAACAAAGAUGAAAACCGCGUUCACAUUUCAGCGUGCAGUUGAAAAGAAGGGAUUAUGGAUUCUGAAGACCAUAAUAAGGUUCACUUAUCAGUGAAAGAUGUGCAGGACACUCUUGAGGCAUACCAGUGCCUCAAGUGCACAAAAUUUCACUGUCCGCUUUGUCCUAAGGACAAUAUAAAAUUUGAUGAACUUCCAGGCAACAGGCCACCUUCAGACCCAUUUAUCUUGGGUGGUAGUACAUGGGUGUUUCAAAAUCUAUAAAUGCCACCUCUUGUGUCGCAUAACAGCUCACUACCACUGUUGUUACUGUGACAAAACAGUAAUACGUCGGACUGACUUUACAAAACACCUGCUUAUUCAUACAGCAGAUAAGAGUGCAGGUGGACAAGCCACCAGGACUGUGGCUAAUAACCAGGGCGAAAAAUCGUUCACUCUGGUUCAUGGACUAGCUGACCAGCCAUCAGCAAUGGCCAGUGAGCGGAGGGAUCAGCAGCCCACCAUGGUCUGUGGACCAAGUGACCAUGAAAUGACACACAAAAUUACACUAUUGCUACUGGACCUAACAAAAACCAAUCAACAUCUGUACUUCAGGAACAAACCGGCAUUCUAUCAGAAGCUUCGAACAGCAUUCACACAGAAGGGGUACAACCUGUCAACAGAAAAAAUUCGCAAAAAACUUUCAAACAUGUUAACAACCUACAAAAGGGUGAAGGACAGACGACGUGCCACUGGUGAGGGGAAGAAUGCCUGGGAGUACUAUACACUAAUGGAUGAGUUAUUUGGCUCAUCAGGGAUUGGCACUGCACCACCUGGGACAAUUUACUCCACGCUGCUAUUUUCGGAAGAAACAUCCUCAAACAAAUCCACUACACUUCAAGACCAACGACCCCCACCCGUUCAAGACCAGCCGGCUGAGGAUGAACAUCCUGGAACCUCAGCAAUGCAGAGCACAACCAAUCUUACCAGCAGGCAAAGGAGGCAAACGCAAUCCUCUCAGUUUUUGGAGUCGUAUGAAGCACAUGCAGAAAGGAGGACUGCUGUGCUUGAGACACUGGUGAAGCCUGACUUGGAGAGAUGGCGGCGACUAAAGGAGAGGCGUAGGCGAUCCUUUGAAAGGAAGAUGCUGACCAGCAUGGGAACAAUUGUGGAAGAGCUAAAAAAAAUAAGUAAACAUCAAGAGCAAAUUAUACACCUAUUACAAAAUCAACCUCAAUAAAAUGUUUUCAAAAAUAAACAUUGCAU